UCUACAAUUAUAAGUUAUUGUUUCCUAUCGGCGUAACCUUGCACCUCCUUAGGGUGGAAGUGCUAGUUUAUAGCCAAUACAGAUUUAGUCUGCGAAUAUACGUCACCACAAACUUGAUACGUGGCCUACGUAGCACCGUCCGAAAUUUAUCUUGUACAACGAUAACAUGAGACCCUGGACAAGCUAGGUAUCGAAGGCAAUGGCCAUUCUGAUUGCCUUUCUACUAUUUUCUCUGAGCCUGCUAAUCAACAUUAUCGGUAGUAAACGCUGGAACAAGGGACCAUACAAAGGUCCUACAGUAUAUCCUCUAGUGGGGAUUACAUUUGAGUUUCUCCGAAACCGAAACAGGUUUCUAGAAUGGGCAACGGAUGCCGUUUCCAGAACACCUUCCAAGACAUUCAUUGUCCGGCGCCCAGGAGUCGCAGGCUUUUACAUUGCCAAUCCUGCGAACGUAGAACACAUUCUCAGCACCAAGUUUGUGAACUAUCCCAAAGGAGAACGCUUCAGUUUUCUUCUCCAUGAUUUCCUCGGCAGCGGAAUCUUCAAUGUGGACGGAGAACUGUGGAGGAUGCAGAGAAAAGUUGCCAGCUAUGAAUUCAACACCAAGUCGCUCAGAAGUUUUGUGGUUGAGACGGUGCAGUGGGAGAUUCAGAACCGCCUCAUGCCGCUCUUGUCCCGGGUAAGUAAAACAUCUGCCACCAUAGACAUGCAAGAUGUUUUACACAGGUUUGCAUUUGAUAAUAUAUGCAAGGUUGCUUUUGGGGUGGAUCCUGCCUGCCUCCACUCUUCUUUGCCUCGCUCGCCCUUUGCAGAAGCUUUCGACGAUGCGACCCACAUCAGUUCUGGACGCUUCUUUUACAUUUUCCCCUACUUGUGGAGAAUCAAGCGGUUUCUGAACGUGGGUUCUGAAAGGAAGCUAAGGAAAGCCAUUGGCGUGGUGGAUGAAUUCGCCAUGGAUAUAAUUCGUUCAAGAAGGAAGGAGAUGGGCAAGAAGAAGAAAGAGGAUCUUCUCUCCAGAUUCAUGGAGGCUGUUGUGGGUAAUCCAGAGCUUGAGAAACCUUUUGAUGAGAUGGAAAUAAGGUCUUUGCUAGAGAAAUCGGAGCUGUUUUUAAGAGACAUGGUGGUGAGUUUUAUAAUGGCAGGGAGAGACACGACUUCGACGGCGUUAACAUGGUUUUUCUGGUUACUCUCUUCUCGUCCCUGCGUAGAAGACACCAUCCGCUCUGAGAUUUUGCAGCUCUUGGCAGCCAGAAAUGGCCGGGCGGAGGAAGGAGAAUCGAAAUGGGUUGUAUUUAGCUUUGAGGAAUUGAAGGAGAUGCAUUAUUUGCAUGCGGCUCUGUGUGAAUCUCUGAGGCUUUGCCCACCUGUACCUCUUGAUACCAAACUCGCUGCAGCUGAUGAUGUGCUGCCCGACGGUAAUGUUGUGCGGAAGGGCUGGUUUGUGAGCUAUAGUAUUUAUUCAAUGGGCAGGAUGGAAAGCAUCUGGGGCAGCGACUGUCUGGAGUUCAAGCCGAAGAGAUGGCUGAAAAAUGGGAAAUUUGUUGCAGAGGAUCCAUACAAGUUUCCAGUGUUUCAAGCCGGGCCUCGGAUUUGUCUUGGGAAGGAAAUGAGCUUCAUUCAGAUGAAGUCGGUUGUGGCUUCCGUUCUACACAGGUAUAGUGUGAAAGCAGAGACAGAGUAUAGUCCAAAGUAUUCUCUUUCCAUCACCUUGCGUAUGAAAGGUGGGCUCCCAGUAAUGAUAAUACGUCUCUGAGUCACUUGCCUAAAGUUAAUUAGUCUUAUCACUGGCUAAGAGUCUAUACAACAAUAUGCUGAUUUAGUGUGAAAGCAGAGGCAGAGUAUAGUCCAAAGUAUGCUCUGUCCAUCACCUUGCGUAUGAAAGGAGGACUCCCAGUAAUGAUAAGAUGUCACUUGCCUAACGUUUAUUUGUCUUUAUCACUGGCGAAGAGGCUGUAUUAUUAGUUCCUGCCAGGCAGAAAUAGGGGAGAGGGACUACUUCAUGCUACUUUCCUUGAUGUGUAGCUGUUACAAUGAAACAGACCUUUUUACAUAUAGUUGUUAUGUGAGCUAACUUCUUCAAUAUAUGGUAAUUCUUUUUC